AAAAUAUCAAUAGCGCUGAGGUUGAAAAACUCUGCUACAGGCUUUGACACAACGAUAAGAACCAGAAACCAGAAGGUGGUAAAUAUCCUGCCUCAAGAGCAUGUUGUAGCCUCCCUACAAAAGCCCUAAAUAGGCUCUACUAACCAUGGAAAAACCGCAGGCCCAGGGGACACCAUAAAAGGCCACGGACCUGCCCGCCCAGCGAUUACCAGCUUGAGCCAUGCUGACGCUCCUUUCCUCCAGCUGCUGUUCACCCGUGAGGCUCCACCUGCUGCUCUCUGCGCUCUUCUUAUCCUUGACCCUCUUAUCCCCAGUAAGAAGUGGAUUUUCAUCUGCAGAAAACCACUGUCUCAAUGUGAAUGGUGUUUGCAGAAAAGACACCUGCAAAUUGAUAGAGGAUGUGCUUGGUACCUGCCGAAGAAGCUGGAGAUGCUGUCGUGCCUGGUGGAUUCUUUUGCCAGUUCCAAUGCCCAUUAUCUAUUCAGAUUAUGAAGCACCCCAUAAGAAGAUGCAAAAUGAAACUUGA